AUCUUUGAGUAUGCAGAUGGCCCCAAUACCCAGGUUAUGAGUGCUGAGGAGCAAGCCUUCCGAUUUUCUGCCAAUAUUAUUAAUAGAAACAGAACUUUGUUGCCUAACACCACACUAACCUAUGACAUUCAGAGGAUACACUUCCACGACAGCUUUGAAGCAACUAAGAAAGCCUGUGACCAGCUCGCUCUGGGGGUCGUUGCAAUAUUCGGACCUUCCCAAGGCUCCUGCACCAACGCUGUCCAGUCCAUCUGCAAUGCCCUGGAAGUCCCCCACAUACAGCUCCGGUGGAAGCAUCACCCUUUGGAUAACAAGGACACUUUCUAUGUCAAUCUGUACCCCGACUACGCUUCCCUCAGCCACGCCAUCCUGGACCUCGUGCAGUAUCUGAAAUGGAGGUCAGCCACUGUGGUUUAUGAUGACAGUACAGGCCUGAUACGGCUGCAGGAGCUCAUCAUGGCCCCGUCACGGUACAACAUCCGCCUGAAGAUCCGCCAGCUCCCGCUGGACACCGACGACGCCCGCCCGCUGCUGAAGGAGAUGAAGCGGGGCAGGGAAUUCCGCAUCAUCUUCGACUGCAGCCACUUGAUGGCGGCUCAGAUCCUCAAGCAGGCCAUGGCAAUGGGAAUGAUGACAGAAUACUAUCACUUCAUCUUCACCACUCUGGAUCUUUAUGCAUUAGACCUAGAACCAUAUCGCUACUCCGGAGUGAACCUGACCGGCUUCCGGAUCCUCAACGUGGAGAACCCGCACGUCUCCUCCAUCAUCGAGAAGUGGUCCAUGGAGCGGCUGCAGUCGGCGCCCAAGGCGGAGCUGGGGCUGCUCGACGGCGUGAUGAUGACAGACGCUGCCCUCUUGUACGACGCGGUGCACGUGGUCUCUGUCUGCUACCAGCGCGCCCCUCAGAUGACCGUGAACUCCCUGCAGUGCCAUCGGCACAAAGCCUGGAGGUUCGGCGGCCGCUUCAUGAAUUUUAUAAAAGAGGCCCAAUGGGAAGGAUUAACAGGACGGAUUGUUUUUAAUAAAACUAGUGGUUUACGGACAGAUUUCGAUUUGGAUAUCAUCAGCCUCAAAGAAGACGGUCUUGAAAAGGUUGGAGAGUGGAGCCCUUCUGAUGGCUUGAACAUCACAGAAAUUUCCAAAGGACGAGGGCCUAACGUCACAGACUCGCUGAGCAACAGAUCGCUAAUUGUCACCACUGUCCUGGAAGAGCCCUUUGUCAUGUUCCGUAAGUCCGACACGGCCCUGUUCGGGAACGACCGCUUUGAGGGUUACUGCAUCGACCUCCUGAAGGAGCUGGCCAUCAUCCUGGGCUUCACCUACGAGAUCCGGCUGGUGGAGGACGGGAAAUACGGGGCGCAGGACGAGAAGGGGCAGUGGAACGGCAUGAUCAAGGAGCUCAUCGACCACAAAGCUGACCUGGCCGUUGCUCCUCUCACCAUCACCCACGUUCGGGAGAAAGCGAUAGACUUCUCCAAGCCCUUUAUGACCCUGGGGGUCAGCAUCUUGUACCGGAAGCCCAACGGGACCAACCCCAGCGUGUUCUCCUUCCUCAACCCCCUGUCUCCCGACAUCUGGAUGUACAUCCUCCUCGCCUACCUGGGGGUCAGCUGCGUGCUGUUUGUCAUAGCCAGGUUCAGCCCAUACGAGUGGUACGAUGCUCAUCCCUGCAACCCGGGAUCUGACAUCGUGGAGAAUAACUUCACCCUCUUGAACAGCUUCUGGUUUGGGAUGGGAGCGCUGAUGCAGCAAGGCUCCGAGCUGAUGCCCAAGGCACUGUCUACACGGAUCAUUGGUGGCAUAUGGUGGUUCUUCACCCUAAUUAUCAUCUCGUCCUACACGGCCAACCUUGCCGCCUUCCUGACGGUGGAGAGGAUGGAAUCCCCCAUCGACUCGGCAGAUGACUUGGCAAAGCAGACAAAAAUAGAGUACGGAGCAGUGAAGGAUGGAGCUACAAUGACCUUCUUCAAGAAGAGAAAAGUUUCAGCAAACGGAAGAUUAAUUCUUAUUUUGGCGGGGGGGGGGGGGUGGGCUUUCAUGAGCAGCAAACCCACAGCGCUUGUUAAAAACAACGAGGAAGGAAUCCAGCGAACCCUCACGGCCGAUUACGCCCUGCUGAUGGAGUCAACCACCAUCGAGUACAUCACCCAGAGGAACUGCAACCUGACUCAGAUCGGGGGGCUCAUCGAUUCCAAAGGCUACGGGAUUGGGACUCCCAUGGGGUCACCCUACAGGGACAAGAUCACCAUCGCCAUCCUCCAGCUCCAGGAGGAGGACAAGCUGCACGUGAUGAAGGAGAAGUGGUGGCGGGGCAAUGGCUGCCCUGAGGACGAGAACAAGGAGGCCAGCGCUCUGGGCAUCCAAAACAUCGGUGGGAUUUUCAUUGUUUUGGCAGCAGGCUUGGUGCUGUCCGUCUUCGUGGCCAUGGUGGAGUUCAUCUACAAGCUGCGCAAAACGGCGGAGCGUGAGCAGCGCUCCUUCUGCAGCGCCAUGGCCGAUGAGAUCCGGCUGUCGCUCACCUGCCAGCGCCGGGUCAAACACAAGCCCCAGCCUCCCGUCAUGGUGAAGACAGACGCCGUGAUCAACAUGCACACGUUCAACGACCGACGCCUGCCGGGGAAGGACAACAUGACCUGCAACACUGGCUUGACACCUGUGUUUCCCUAGGGAAUGGGAACGGGGGGCGGGAGGGACAGAACUGCGGCAGACAGGGCUGGAUGCACUCUUAACUAGGAAAGAAAGGAUUAAAAAAACAAACAAAAAAAAAAAAAAAAGGAAAAAAAAAGCCUGGUUUGGUUCAUUUCAAGAGCAAGGCCUUUGCGACACAACUGCAUCGAUCACUGGCACAGAAGAACUUCAAAGCACGGACUGUAACAUCGGUCUUGGGGCUUUUCUGUUUUGUUUUUGUUAUUUUUUGUUCCUUUUUUUUUAAUGCUUAGAUCCUACAGGCCCCAUGGAGUCCAAACACGCUACCAUCCAGGAGUCUGAUGUUUACAUACUGGAAACACACGGAGGCGAAAGAGAAUUGAGCCAAACUGACCCUCGGCGGGUAAGGAGGAGCCCCCGAGCAAGGCUUCUUUAGCAUGGCAAUAAAAAAAACCACUCUGUCAGGUGCAGCAUGAGCAGCCGUCUGUGCGCGCAUCUAUUCCACACUGACACACACAGCACACGGAGGACACGUUGUCCAGGAAAGGGAAAGGUAUCUGUGAAGCACCGUGACGGUCAAGGCCGUGCCGUCUCUCGAAGCAGCUCGCGGUGGCCCUUUACCUCACGGCCGUGCCGGCCGUGGCCACCCGCAGCCGGAGCUCCCCGGGCGGGCUCUGGGAGAAGGCGACACACGUCCAUCGGUAGAUCCAAGCCAGCUGCCCGCAAAGGGGCGAGUGAGCCCGAAGGGAGCCGAGCUCCUGGCCAGGGACGGGACAGCGUGGUGUGCACGGGAGCUGCUGCCAUCUCCGAGUGACAGCACCCACACACCCUGUGCCAUGCGCCAGCCCACGCCCAGGGUGACACCGCGAUCUCCGGGUAUUCACCGCCUUCACCCUCUCCGCAAAGCUCAGUCCCUCCUGCAAAGAAGUGCGGAAAGCGGCCGAGCCCACGGGCAAGGGCAGCGGCCGGAGCAGAGCUGUCCCCAGGAGCUCAGUGGUACCAAUUUCCAUGAAAUCCAGCAGCGCCGAACUGCAGCUCUGCUGCGUCUGCACUCGGAGCAGGAGGGGACUCGACGCCUGGUUUAGGACUAAACGCUCUCCACUGCAUCAGAGACCUGAAAGACGAAGUCUCAGCCUGCAGGGCCAGGGCUGGCCUGGGAUAAGCAGCACUGUGUGGGCCAAACCUGACACCCUUCUUGCUCUGCCAGGGGAACCGCAGCCCCUCAGGCAGCAUCUCCACGUGAUUUAAGCAAACACACACUGACAUGUUUUUAAGAAAUCUUCCAUGAACUGUGUUCUUCUUUUCAGGUUGCUUAACCCAGAAGGCUGGUCCUGCAGAUGAAUUUAGUCAGAAUUACCAAAGACCCCUCUGCUGACCGAAAGCAACGCUCGAGUAACGUCCCUGAGCUCCAUCCCUCCCUCCAUGGGAACCGCCCGGGUGGCCAGUGGGACACUCUGCGGCUUAAUUUGCAAAACGAAAGGAACAGAAAUGGCUCUGCCCAUUGUCACCCAGAACAUCAGAGUACCGCAAAGGCGCUUACAAGCUCUGAUUUAAACACUGACGUUGAGGAAAAGCGCAGCCUCCCGCCCUCGCAGACGUACGGGGGACAGUGACCUGCCGCAGACCGCGCCGCUGCUGGCACCCCUCCGGCACCCCCCCGGUUUGGGGGGCAGGCAGGGCAGCGGCGAGGGAGCAGCCGGGGCCUGAGCUCUGCAGCCCGAAGCUUCGCCCUCUGUGCCCUGAGCAUAGCGAGGUGCCACGGCCACCGCAGGAACCAGCAGCUGAACUGACCCAGUUUGCCCUCCCCUACCUGCAAGGCCUUUCUGGAAAGUUUAUCCUCGCCCAAAGGAACAAACCUGUUUGUAACUGAUUUCAGAUUAUUUUUCCCCACCUGUUUCUUUCUGAGGCUCAGUCAGGAAGGUUAUCUUUGGAGCUGAUCACAAUUAGCAAAUUAGCUCAAGGGGAGAUAGCUGUUCCCCUCCCGCCCCAUCACAGAACAUAAUUUGUCCUUAUUUUGGUUUUUUCCGUGAUGUAAAGAAGCAACAUAGUGACCUGACACACAAAAAAAAAGUAAUUUGUCACAUUUUGACUCAAAGAUAUGCAAAGAAUUUAGAUUAAUUUCCACCUUUUCAUAGAAAACAUUAAAAAUUAGGGGUAAAAGUUGCCAACUUAAUGGGCACCAUAUUCUUACUAGUUUGCUGACCAAAUACCUAGAGCAGAGGACAGACUGGAAGUAUGGGUCUGCUUCCCAAAGCUAAUGACAUUCUGUAUUCCUUUCAAAUCCUUAGGCUCGCCAGAGUAAAAGAUUUUGUUUUCUUUGCAGAUUUCUAAACUCUUAGAGAUUCUUGCAAUUAAAGCAGAUAAAAACAAAGCCUGAAACUGGCUUUAAAUGUCCAGAGAGUAAAAUACCACAGAAAAUAGCAUCCGUUUUGCUUGUUGGCAGAUUUAUUUUUUUUUUAAAUAAACCCUGUUUAUUCAUCUUUGACAGCAAGUUUGAAUUGAUUUUACUCACCAAUAUCGCAGAGUAACAGGUGAGCAUCUGGAAUUACUGGUGCUAUCUGCCAACAAGCCCAAACCCUGGAGAUUAACCCCUCCCGUUCCCUCUCUGCACUGACCAUACAUCAGCCAUGAAAUGGCGGCUAACUUCAUGCAUCUACGUUACGGUUUUGUUUAAAUCUUGACCAUUACAACGUUUGACAUUUAACACCAAGGCAAUGUUCUGCACUGCUCAAAGCGAGGACAGAGCAGGGGGAGCUGCCGGGAGCGCAGGGCGAGCUGCGGGCCCCAGGCCCAGGGUUAGUCCAGCCUGUCGCCACAGCGCGCGGCAGAGACCAGAGUCUCUCCUGCUGCUCCCGUUUACCCCGUGAGCUCCUUGCCUUCGCCCCGGGGAGUGCGGGAGCCCCUAAGCCUUGAGGUGUUUUAUCCCAGAGGAGCAGCGACGAGCCUGAGGCUGAGCAGCGAUGUGCUGGGCGACUUCAGAGGGGACAGACCUGGUGACAAAGCCUCAGAGCCUUCGGCGACCUGUUUGUGACUGCUGACAACUCAUGUCUUAGAAAUCAUCUGACUUCCAGCUUUGUUUAAAUCAGUUCCUUUCCUCACUUGGUGGGCAGAGGGGCCGAAAAAGUGAGGAGGAAAUACAGAAAAAACAGGUUUGGGAUAUUAAACUGUAUCUAAACUGUCGUCACCUCAGUUCACUGUCCCUUUGUCACUCGCUUUUCCUUCCAGCUCUCCUGUGAGACAGAGCAGGGGCACAGCGGGCAGCUCUGUUCGGGGUUGCUUUUCUGUUUGGAGUUAACCAACGGUGCGUGUUGGGUCCGAUGUCGAGAGGACAGAUCCACAAAGAGACGGAAUAUGCAAAGGGGAACCAACUCCCACGCUGGGCAGCCCCUGCUUCCCCCCGGCGGGAGCAGGAUUCUGGGAAGGUCACCGCAACGGGACCCCGCAGAGCCAGAGAGCUCUCGCCCAGCGCUCGCUAACCACGGGGAGACCCCAAGCCCCAACACCCGGGCAGCGCUCCCGGGCAGCGGCGCCGCGAGCCCUCUGCUGACUGUACCUUACUUUGACAUGUUUCUCAAAAAAAGACAAAAAAAGAAGAAAAAAAAAAACAGAAAGAAGUGGAAAAAAAGGAAAAAAAUGGUCUCCGUGACAUUCAGGGGAUUUUCCUUUGUGGACAUGCAGAAUUUCUAUGAAUAUAGUUUUUUGUAAACAUUUUGUAACAAUUUUGGUUUCAUAGUAACUGUGUUACUUGCUGAUCAUUCUAGGCUGAUGUAAAUAAAAUUUAAAAAAAAAAAGAAAAAAUUCUGAUUAUUUUCCUUUUUAAGACACUGUGAUAUAUCAAAGUGCACAGUUUGCUGUAUGAAGUAAUAUGGUUUUAAAUUUUAAAUAAAAAAUA